AUGAUUUGGUAUCUGCUCUAUCCGAUACGGGGUACUACGGAACCGCCUGUCCUCUCUCCGUCGCACCCACUCCGUCUUGCCUUUGAGCGAUACGGACGCUACGCUGCUCGCCAUGUUGUUACGACCUUAUUAAUAUCGGCCGCCGUGGCCACCAUGCUCAUCUAUCCGAUUCCCUUUCUAUUCACCAACGACUUUAUCAAUGGCGCCUCCAAUCUCCCCCACCAUGUCUGGACCGUGGCUCAACCUCUGCCCUACAACGCCGUCGCCGAACCCGAUAUAAUAAUGCGCUCUGCCUGGAUUCAUGGAUCUUACAUGGAGGUUCUGGAUCCGCAACUCCUCGCCUCAGCGCUGGAUCUCCAGGACGAGCUCCUCGGCGACACCAAAGACUUCAACCCUCUCCGAGCACUGGAUAGACCUGUGGACACCGAUGUCGAUACCGACACCUUGGGGUUCCUGCGUGAGCUUUCGCCUUCUCAGCGCGACGCUCUGCACAUUAUCAAUGACCAGUCCAGUCAGUCUUGGUUCUUCCACUCCCCGCUGCAGUACUGGAACUGCACUCGCGACACCAUCUUGCUCGACCCAGAUACGGUUGCGACCGUCAACCAGAAGAAGACUCUCUCUACUCCGGUCAAUGUCACUCUGCGGCAUUCAGUCGUCUUUAGUGGAAAGCGGUUCGAGAGCCGCCAACUUGUGGCCGCCGAUGCAUUGGUCAUCACCCUCCUUCACCGUCGCGAUUCCCCCGUCGGCCAGCAAUGGGCGAAAAAGGCUGCCAUGCUUGCCGAGCAGGUCACCAAUGACUGGGAUGUGUAUCCGUCCGAUGGUCGCAUCUCUAGUAACCGCUUAUAUGAGUUUCAGUUUCGGCCAAUAUCGUUGGAAGAUACUCUGACCCUUGCUCUUGGAUAUGGUCUCGCCAUUGGCUAUUUCCUCAUGAGUCUCUCCAAGAUGCGUGCGGUAAAGUCCAAAAUUGGACUUAUGACCACCGUUGUCACUCAAAUCAUCAUAACAAUCAUGUCAAGUUUCACAGUUUGCGCUGUGUUCAACGUCGACCUUUCCAGGAUCCCAUCAGCCGCAUAUCCUCUCGUAAUUCUGGCUGUGAGCCUGGAAAAUAUAUUUCGACUAAUCAAUGCUGUUCUCAUCACACCAUCAGAAGAUAGCACAAGCAGCAGGAUCGGGGAGGCUUUCGGCGAGACGGCUCCCGUGUCCCUUGCGAGCUCAGUGCAGAAUAUUGCAAUCCUGGCCAUACUGUCUCGCUGGGUGUCUCCCGGCGUGGCUGGCUUUUGCACCUUUUUGGCAGUAGCCAUUUUCUUCGAUGUCUUUUACAUGUCUACUUUCUUUUUGUCCGUUCUCAGUGUUGAUGUUCGCCGCACAGAGUUGAGCGACACUCUGGCUAAAGCGGCCUUGCGAUCUCAACACCACCACGCCACUGACCCCAACGGUCGUAGACCUUGGUUCGAACAAAUCUUCCAGGGCAAGACCGCUCUGUCGACUCGUAUUGCGGGUACUUUUGUCAUGAUUGGCUUCGUCUUGGUUGCCCAAUGGCAUUUCUUCGACCAGGAGAUGCUGGUGGACAGUCCUAUUGGAUUGUUUGGCGAUUUGGAUAGUGCCAAUGCCACCAAGUCGACCAUGCUCGAGGGGAUCAAUCAGGCGCGAAGUCCCACAUCAUGGCUACGCCUCCAGGAUCAUGAGACUGCCCAGGAGCUUAUCAACAUCAUCAAACCGAACGCGCACAGCUACGUGGCUCAAGUUUAUGAGCCGCUCGUCUUCGUGAAAAAGGGUUCCGACCGUAAACCCCGGAGCAAGGAGCCGGCUUUGCUCCCAGCAGCCUAUGACUUCAUCAAUCACGAAAUGACACAGUUUACAGUUAUCGUCAUCCUGGUCGUUGCCGUCCUUCGCCUCUUCAUCAGUUAUCUACUCUGGGAGGACGAGGGGAACCGAGACGGAGAGUGGGAUGACGACGAUACCCCGCUCCUCUCUGUAAAGACUUUCCCCGAGGGCCACUCUCUCGACGUUGCGAUGAUCACCACCUCUUCUGAUGGGCAUCUAGUCUCUGUCGGACUCGAUCGCUCCAUCCGCGUGUGGGAUGUGCGCUCUGGGAGCAACUACGCCCUGACCGAAGGGGGUAGCGUGGGCAGCAGCAUGCUGUUCCCUGUGCUGGCGAUAGCAAUAGACGACGAAUCCCGCUGGCUUGCGCUGUUGUCGCGUUACCGGGUCGCCUUCUUCAACCUUUCAGAGCGUACCUGGGGUCCUUCAGUACCUGUCGACCUCGGUGGACAUAGGCCCGAGGCAGCUUUCUUCUCUCCAACGACAUCCAACCUUCCGCCUUUGUUCAUAAUUGUGCGCAAAAACGGUACAUUGAUCGAGUUCAACGUAGAACAGGGGGAAGGCAGCGCAGAUUUUGUGAUCUGCCCAAGCCCCCUGAUCUGCGCUGAACCGGUCGUUAAUAAAGGCACCAAUCUUUUGCCCUGGCGACUCUCCGUUGUGACAGCGUCCAAGUAUGGAUGCGUGCAUAGGAGGGGAUGUGUCCAUGUGGCAUCUCGUGAUAAGAACGGUUGGGAAUCGAGAGAAGUACCACUCAACUCAGUGGGUUAUCAAAAACCCCACCAAAUAGUUUCCAUGCCUGCGCUUGGCGUGUUUCUCGUGGCGUCGGUUUAUAAAAUCUUCAUCUUCAACGCAGAAAGCCUGGAAAUUCUGCAUAUUAUACACACAGAGGCCAUGCGACCUCGUUCUUUACAAUGCGCGUAUUCCUACCAGCGGCUGUAUGUCGGAACGCCGGGAAUGACCACGUCGACGAUUUCGUAUGUUGGAGUUGAAUCUGGGGAUUGCAUUCUUCAUACUUUUGUCCCCUGUGAGGACUUUGACUGUAUUGGUCUGCGAAGCUCGUCUAGUCUGCUGGACGACGAAGGUUGCGAGUGGUCCGAGGCCAAGGAAACGAUCAAACGGGUCAGGAAUCCAGGCCACUUCAAGGCCCUGACCGAUGCCAGCCUGGUGGGCGUACGACGCAAGCUGCCGCGCGACCACGACUUCCUGAAUGGCGCGGCUGGAGGUGCCGGCGAGGGUCUGCGGAACCGGUUUGCCAACCGCGGGGCUGCCAAGAGCUCCCCGAAGCAGUGGGAGGCCUGGACGCGCUCACCACCAUCAGGCCGAGCAGUCACACACGAGUCGCAGCUGAUCGUGGACGACGAGGAGCGAGGUAGCAUUUUCAUCUGCGAUGUGGGACCCAAGGUCAAGGUUGGGCUGAUGUCGGCUGCCUUUUGUUUUGGAAACACGAUCAGACUGGUCACGGUGGGAGGGCCUGAGCGAUUCGACAUUGGGCCGGACGACGCCGAAGGCUGGCUGAGCCUGGCCAGCAGACGACGAAAGGUUGGAAAUGCCACGAAAAUGAGGACGUGGAAUGGAUUCGUCAAUGGUGAGUGCUGA